AUGUAUCCUUCAUGGUCUGCUUCAUCUAAUAAAUAUGAUUUUGUUAAUACACAUAAUAAUGGAAAUUUAGAUCCAGACUAUUACACACCAAAUGUAGAAAUUCAAACUGAGAAACCUUAUCCCGAUCCCUCAUCUAUAUAUGAAAAUCCUUUGGAUGACCCAAACUAUUAUCAAUCAAAUGUAGACAACAGUCAAACUGAGAAACCUGAUGCCGUUUCCUCACCUAAAUAUGACUAUCCAUGGGAUAAUCCAAACUAUUAUGACAAAAAUGUAGAUAACAAUCAAAUUAAUAAACCUCACGCUGAUCCCUCACCUCAAUAUGAAAAUCCAUCGGAUGAUCCAAAUUAUUAUCAACCAAAUAAUGAAGCACAAGAAACAAUAACGGAAUCAAUCCCACAAGAUAGUUGGAAUCAGUAUCCAGAUGAUAUAGCUACUACUGUUCCUCCUUCUUAUUCAGACGAUAAUGAUGUACAAGGCGGACAAGGUCAUGGUGGUCAUCGUGAUGGUGAUCAUCAGGGUGGUCAUGGUUCAGAACAAGGACAAGAAGGAGGAGUAUCACACCCACAAGACGGUGAGACUGGAAAUCAACCUGAUGGUGGAAAUACUCAACCAGGUGAAAGUGAUCCAGAAGGUGUAACAGAUCCUAAUGCAGAAGGAGCAACAGGACCACCAAAGAAAGGAAUGAGUUGGUUACCAAUUAUAAUUAUAGCUGCAUCAAUUAUCGGUCUUCUUCUUAUUGGUGUCAUCAUUUUACUUGUACGUAAACGACGUGCUGCUGCUGGUGGUAACACCAAAGCAGGAUAUAAUACAGCACCAACCACCGAACAAAGAGCAUAA